UGAUGUCAGACAACCAGCAAGUGUGAAGAGUAAGGAUUCGCCAUUAUCAGCCAGAUCCAAGAGCAUGGUGAUGGGCGAGGUGACGCGGGGCUCCUGCCAGCCGGCCUCACCCGGCCUCCAGGAGGGCGCGCUGAAGGCCGGCUGGCUGAAGAAGCAGCGCAGCAUCAUGAAGAACUGGCAACUGAGGUGGUUCGUGCUACGCUCCGACCAGCUCGACUUCUACAAAGAUGAAGAAGAAAGCAAACCACAGGGCUGUAUACCUCUGCAGGGAUGUCAGGUGAACGAGCUCACAGCCAACCCAGAUGAACCAGGACGACACCUUUUCGAGAUUGUACCAGGUGCAACAGGGGAGAAGGACCGCGCGCCGAUCAGCCAUGAAUCCUUCUUGCUCAUGGCGAACUCCCAGUCUGACAUGGAUGACUGGGUCAAGGCCAUACGCCGGGUCAUCUGGGCACCCUUUGGAGGAGGGAUAUUUGGCCAGAGAUUGGAGGACACAGUGCAGUAUGAGAAGAAGUUUGGCCCCCGGCUGGCCCCCUUGCUGGUGGAGCAGUGUGUGGAUUUCAUCAGGGAGAGGGGCUUGGACGAGGAGGGUCUCUUUCGAAUGCCAGGUCAGGCCAACCUAGUCAAAGAUCUCCAGGAGGCCUUCGACUGUGGUGACAAGCCUCUUUUUGACAGCAACACAGAUGUUCACACUGUGGCAUCCUUGCUGAAGUUGUACCUGCGAGAGCUGCCUGAACCUGUCAUUCCGUUCUGCAAAUAUGAAGACUUUCUGACAUGCGCACACCUUUUGGCCAAAGACGAGGAGGAGGUAUGCACACACUCUGCUGCUGCUUUCGUUUAUUUCCAUUUGUUUCAAAGUUUGCCUUUCCGACAGGGAGUUCAGGAGCUCGGGAAGCAAGUCAGCACACUACCUCUGCCUAACUACAAUCUCCUCAAGUACAUAUGCAAAUUCCUUGAUGAAGUCCAAUCUCACUCUAAUGAAAACAAAAUGAGCGUCCAGAACCUCGCCACAGUUUUUGGGCCUAACAUCCUUCGACCUAAGAUGGAAGACCCGGUCACCAUCAUGGAAGGGACCUCUUUAGUCCAGCACCUAAUGACGAUCCUGAUCAGGGAACACAAGUGUUUGUACUCAGGGAGGCACCAAGAGGGCCUCAGUGUACCCCAAGCUGAGCAUCAGCUCCUCAAUCGUAGUCUUGGUGCCUGGAUCUCUGAAGAGGACUUGCAGAGUUCCUCGAUCUCUAACCCGGAGCAAGAACUGAACAGCACUGCCUCAUCACUCGAAGCCAAACUGUGCGGCGCUGUCACCACCACGCAGACCCCGAACCCUGGACCAAAACUGGGGCCUUCGUCGGCAAAGGGGGAGACGGUGGUGAGCCCGAGUAAACAGGCCAAGAGUAUCCCGUCAUGGAAGUACUCUUUUAAAAGCUCCUCUACACCUCGUUGUCAGCCGCAGCCUAAGCAGAGCGGCUCCGGGGUGGAACCAAGUGCCGCGCCUUCUGGUGGAGGAGGAAGCAGUAACUGGCUGAUGAACGGUUUGUCCUCCUUGAGGGGGCACAGACGCACCUCAUCAGGUGAAAGGUCGACCCGGGACCGGGACUCCACCGGCUCCUCACAAAGACUCUCCACCUAUGACAACGUCACCUCCUCCUCCAGCAUGGGCAGCGUUCAGAGUGUUGGCAGCACACCUUGGUCCACGUCUUCCUGUGAGACCUCAGUGCCAGAUCCUGGUAGCGGCGAUCCCUCGGCCCAACACAACUGUGGAGCGGUGGGUGAAGGUGGGGACAAGGGAGAGUGGACGGAGGGUCAGAGGGAGCCCGAGACGGGAGGCGACGGUGGGACCACCACGGAUCCAAGCUCUGAGCAGGACAGCUGUGAGGCAAUGGAGCUGUGCGGCAGCAGUGCGGCCUGCAGUGAAAAUGGCAACGCGAGCAUGCUAGCUGGAGUUCCGUCCAUCAUCAUGUCUGAGGAUGGCGACGCAACGAACGUCACACUGAGCGGUCAGGUAGAGGAUCUCAAGGACGAGCUCAGGAAACAGAAGGCUGCUUAUGAGGCCAGAAUUCAAAAAUUGGAGGACUCCAGUGCUGUCCUAUACGCUCACAUGGAGCGUUUAGAGCAGGAGAUGGAGCAGGAGAAGAAGAGGCAAUGCAUGCUGGAAAUCAAACUCCGGAACUCAGAGCGAGCUCGGGAGGAUGCCGAGAAUCGCAACAAACUUCUGGAGAAGGAGAUGGAGGACUUCUUUUCAACCCUGGGAGAUCUUACCAUGAGUACGAGGACCAGCGAUAUUUGACCUGUAAGGUGGGAUGAAGUCAGGAUAUGGUUUAGAAAAGGGCUCACAGCAUCCUCAAUGCAGCGGGAUGUUUGGCCAUGUUUGAGUGCACUGAAAAUAAAUGAGAGACUCAGAAAGAGGAAUCGGGGUCGGACUCUGAGGUGUUUAGCAUGCUUCACACGGAACAAGAAACCAGUCACUCUUCUUUACUGGUGAGCACUGAUCAAUGUGACCAAACUGUAGCGAGUCAAACGAUCAUGCAAUACUUAUCUCUGCUGUGUCACUUGGUGACAUAUUUGCUAAAUAUUAACGUAGAUUAAACCCCCACUAUUUAAGAGUAAGAGGGGCAGAGCCCUUCUGCGAAUAGGAAAACGAGGAAUUGACAAACCCCGCAUCCCCACCAAAAGGUUGAGAAUACCCUAUAUUAAAACUUGAACAAAAUAUACCAAUACUACAGAAACAUAACGCAAACACCCCAACAUCCAUAAAAAUAGCUAUUUUCACUCAAAAAUUAAGACCUCGGUUGUUUGUUCGCUUGAGCUUUUUCAUAGCCUUUCAAACGGAGCAAAAGCAUACAUGUGACAGAAAUCAGGUUAAAGUUCGCACGGUCCCAUCAUACAUUGAUCUUAGAACAAUCAACAUGUUUGACUCCAACAUACUUCCUUGACUCCAAUUACUACUUUCUAAUUAGCCAGGGCUAUAACGGCAUUUUAUGGAGUCUUAAGGUGUUUCAGAAAGUGCACAAAAAAGAAACGAAAAAAAUGCUAAUUUUCAACGGAAUAGCUGAACAUAGGUACCACAGGAAAAAAAAAAUGCGAAUAGAUGAAUUUGUGAAUAGUGGACUGCGAAUAGGUGGGGCUUCACUAUCAUCCCAAACCAUGUUGCUAAAUUCACAUCUGUUCAAUUAUUUAUUAUUAACUAUUCCUACUGUACUUUAGUAGCCAGUAAAGUGGAAGUUCCUCUACUCACAUAAUGGAACAUACACACAAUUGUAUUGUGUUUAGACCGUCAGCGAGUCUUGUCUGCAUUUGCCCUCAAGCCCUCUUCAGUCACGUGACUUCCAGGUCAAACCUUCAGUGUGUCAUGGUUCAAGUGAAGGCCAGUUCAAAACGCUUCUGACCUGGCUGCCAUGUUGACUUUGGCACAUGAAGCUCAACACUGCCUUUAAACAAACAACGGUAUUUCCUGGUUGUGCCUUCGGUGAAGUCCUUUUAAACAUUAAAACAAAAACAAUAGCGCUGCUUGACUGGUCCGCAGACGUAACGUCCCUCAAGAACACGUUGUUGCAUUUACUCAUGAUGACCAUGUCGACAAAAGUGCUGCUGACCAAUAACUUAGAAGGUGCCAAUUAUUGUGAAAGUGAUUUUGUGCUUUUUUUGAAUGGAAAGAAUGUACCCUCCCUUGUAGUGAAUGUACUCGUGUUUGAUGAAGCCAGCCUGAGAGGAAAUGCACUGGUCAGCGCUUCCUCCGUUUUUCGUGUCUGACUAACUCUCUUAGGAAGAAAAUAAAGCCUGUGCAUAUUUGUUCAUGGAGCACUGCAUGCUGAUUAAAAAUGACUCAACAAAAGGGCCAAACCACGAAAAUUUGCUUCGGUUAAGAAUCACAUCACUGUUUGUUAUUUUAAAUACACUGCAUUUUAUAGGCAGAUGUUAGGAUUUUUACUGCACAUGAAUGUCCUGGAAGACUACUACCAACCACCCGUAUCAGUUGUCACAGCAGUCCAGUAGAAAGAUUCAUUUUCCUCAUAUGUAUAAAUGCAAUGUCACAACUAAGUCUAAAUGUUUUUAUGGGUCAUCCAUUGAUGGUGCUUUUUAUUUAUUUGGGUAUACAUGAUUGUAAUGA